AUGAAGGUCCUCUUUCUUUUUGCUGUUCUCUUCUAUCUGGUCCAAGUUAACUCAGGGGAUAUUCCACCUGGAAUUAGAGAUGUUAUCUGCCUUACACAACACGGAACCUGCAGACUUUUUUUCUGCCAUUUUGGUGAGAAAAAGGCCGAGAUCUGCUCCAAUCCCUGGAACAGGUGCUGUGUAUUGCUCUGUACAAGUACAGAGGCAGAAAUAAGUAAAAAACCGGAGACAGUUGGCAAAAAAAGAGAACCCUGA